AUGGACUUUAAUCUUUCAGAGUCAUUAACGGCGUUCCAAGAGGCAGACAAGGACUCAUUCGACAUAUCGAAUGCUGAUAACCUUUUGGAUCAAGUUACAGGAUCUUUAGCUGUUAGUUUAGAGGCAAUCAGUAACUCUAGUAUUUAUGAAUCACUAGAAGAGCUAGUUCAUGCUUACCCAAAAUUGAAUAAGAAAGAACAAAAACAAGUUAUAUAUUUGGUUACUUCAAGUUUACACAAUCAAGCUGAAAACUCAUCAAACAUUAUUGAAAAUGGUGAAACUGAACUUUUCGUGGCUCAUAAACAAUACUUGGAAGCUUACGCGUAUUUGGCACAUUGUUUAUUAACUUAUUUGGGCCUUGAGCAUAUUCCGUCAUCAAAUACAAAUUCCAAGAAGGUUACAAAUCAAGCUUUAGAAGUGUUCAAAAACAAUUGCACACAACUUGAAAACAUAAUGGAUGCUAUUUGUGCUGUAUUCAAAUUACACCUAAGUAAGUUGUUCACCACCACCCCAGAAAAGGAUUUGUUCGUUAGUUCGUUCACAAGACCAAUUUAUAUAUUGAUGGAAAAUGAACCAAGAGUCAAAGUUGUUGGUGUCAAAAUGUACAUGUUUAAAGUCAUUGCUAUGGCUGUGAAGUUCCAUGGUCAUGCCUCGGCUGCUCAAAGUGCUAUCGUUCAAAACUUGACUUAUUUCAGUCAUUUGAAUUCAAUGAUGGCUGAAUUGCUACAAAUUUUAAACGAUCAAUAUGAUCAUUUCCAACUCACGGAAGACGUUUUGAGAGAAGUCAGUAACAAAGAGUUUAAUAGUAAUGAUAAUAAUGGUCCAAAGCAAAUAUCUUUAUUCAUUGUGAAAGUUUCAGAGUUGAUCCCUAGAAUAUUGCUGAAACAAAUGACAUUGGUUUCACAAUUAUUGAAUAAUAGUUCCUAUACAUUAAGAUGUGCUGUGGUGGAAGCUUGUGGUAAUAUUAUUAUUGAAAUCAGUAAAGAUGAAGAUGAACUGGAACGUUACAAAAAUCAAGUAUCAGGUCUUUUGGAUUUAUUGAUCGAAAGAUUUUUGGAUCAAAAUCCUUAUGUUAGAACAAAGGCUAUACAAUCAAUCUUGAAACUGUGUGAGGUUGAUGCCAAGUUUACUAAAUAUCGUCAAUCAUUUGUCGAGAUAGCUGUUAGAAGUUUAGAGGAUAAAAGUUCAUUGGUUAGACGUAAUGCAGUGAAAUUGAUGUCUCGUCUUGUCUUGACACAUCCGUUUGGAGCUUUACAUGGAACUCAACUUAAAUUAUCAGUUUGGGAAAAAAGGUUGGCCGAUGCUGAGAAAGAGCUAGAGAGUUUAGAGCCAGCAGAUACCACUCAAGCUGUUAUUGAAAGAAACUUAGAACAAGAUUCUGAUGAAGAAGAAGAAUUGCCUUCAAUGAUUGAAAAAGAGAGUAAUUCAAAUGCUGUUUUCAAAAUCAAAUUGACUAUUCAAUAUUAUAAUGAUGCUAUCAAGUUUAUCAAGCUGAUACAGCAUGGUGUUGAAAUUGCCUCACAAUUGUUAUACUCCAAGAAUAAAAAUGAAGUUAUUGAAACAAUGGACUUUUUCGUUUUAGCUGAUGCUUAUUCUAUUGAAAAUGUUGAUACUGGUAUUCGUCGUAUGUUACAUCUUGUUUGGAUGAAGAGCAAUAACGACGAAGGUACAAAUGUUGCAACUCAUUUGGUUGAAUGUUAUAAAAAUUUGUUCUUGUUGGCUCCAGAUGAUUCUUCAGAACUUGAGGCAGCUGCAUUGAUUGCGAAAAAUUUGAUUUCAUUGACUUAUUCAGCUACUGUUCCCGAGUUAGCUUCAUUAGAAAAAUUAUUAGGGUUGAUGUAUGAAGCUUCGUUAAUUAAUGAGACUGUUGUUAAAGUAUUAUGGCAAAUUUAUAGCUUUCAAAGCCAAAAUUUCUCAAAGAAACAACGUCGUGGUGCUAUUAUUGUUCUCGGUAUGUUGGCCUUAUCUGAUAAUGAUAUCUCAAUGAAAGGUAUUGAUGCUUUAUUGAAUGUCGGUCUUGGAGAAAAAGGUAAAGAAGAUUUAGUAUUAGCCAAAUACUCUUGUAUUGCAUUGAACAGAGUUAUACCACAGGAUAAGAAACAUGACACGUUCAAAGUUCCAAGAGAAAAAGAAGCUAUUGACAAACUGGCAAAUGUUUUGAUUGAAUACAAUUCGAACAGUGAAUAUUAUAGUGUUGCCGAACAGGCAAUAAAUACCAUCUUCAACAUUGCCAGCAGACCAGAAGAUGUUGCAACUGAGAUUAUUAAACAAAAAACAAAGCUCACUUUUGGUUCAAGUCAUGAAAAUGAGUCCCAAGUUGUCUCAUUGUCUCAAUUACUAUUUAUUGUUGGUCAUAUUUCAAUAAAAGUUAUAGUUCAUCUUGAAGCACUCGAGGCUCAAUUCAAAAAGAAAAAGAUUGAAGCUGAGAUUACUAAAGCUAAAGGAGACAAAAAUGAGGAAGAAGCAAAUGAAUUGGAAAUGAUUGGUGGUACUUCAGAAGAUGAUUUUGCUGAUGCUGUUGCAUUUAUUAAAGAGAAGGAACUUUUGUAUGGGGAACACUCAUUAUUAUCAAAGUUUGGACCUCUUGUUAAAGAAAUCUGCUCCAACAAUCUGAAGUAUGAUAAUAAGAUCCUACAAAGAUCAGCUGUUUUAUGUAUGGAGAAGCUAAUGUGUGUUUCAUCCAAAUAUUGUGAAGAUAAUUUGGCCUUGUUAAUUACCAUCAUGGAACGCUCUGAAGACCCUAUAAUCCGUUCUAACGCCGUUCUUGGGCUUGGUGAUAUGGCUGUUUGCUUUAAUAACCUUGUUGAUGAAAAUACGGACUUCUUGUACCGUCGUUUACAUGAUGACGAUUUGAUGGUUAAACGUACUUGUUUGAUGACAAUCACAUUUUUGAUUUUAGCCGGUCAAGUUAAAGUUAAAGGUCAAUUAUCACAAAUGGCUAAAUGUCUUGAAGAUCCAGACCAAGGUAUUAGUGAUAUGUGUAAGUUAUUCUUCACAGAACUUGCUACUAAAGAUAAUGCUAUUUAUAAUGGAUUUAUUGAUAUUUUCAGUGGUUUAUCAAAUGAUGAGAAUUUGAAUAAGGAUGCUAUGAAACGUAUCAUCAAAUUCUUGUUAUCUUUUGUUGAAAAGGAAAGACACCAAAAACAAUUGAGUGAUAAAUUAGUUCAAAGAAUUACUAAAGUUGAAAAUGAAAAACAAUGGAAUGAUGUCGCAUUUGUUUUGGGUGCUCUUCCUAUCAAGAGUGAUGUGAUUACUCAAAUAUUGGAAACUGGUUAUACAAUGGUUGCUGCUCGUACAUGA